UGACAGGAAAUUCAUUGAAUUUAUUAACUGAGAAAUCAACUUAAUUGCAAUUUCGUUAUGAAAAGCAAAACAGAAAAUGUAAAAAGUAGAAUGAAGGGACUGAUGACGUUUGUGAUGCGUUAUUGUUUUCUAACAACAGAACUACCUUUGGUUUAUAUGGAUUGUGACGGUAUAUUUAACUUUCCCCCUUGUUGCGUCGGAGAAAAAAUAGAUGAAAGCAAGCAGAUAUGUACAAAAUGUCCGAGAGGUUUAUAUGGUUAUAACUGUACUCGCACAUGUGAGGUACCGUACUUUGGACAUCGCUGUGUGCUCGGGAGGUGUUCUUGUACUCGUGAUUCCUGUAACAUUCCACCAUCAAUAUGCUCCCCGAAGACAGAAACAGACGUCUCCGUAUCAACAUUGGUGCAUGCAAAUGCAAAAGUAACAAGAAACCAUCGAGUCAAAAGGACAUCCGUGACUCCGGAUCCAUUCAGUGUAAAGCCGGAUACACGGGACGAGGACCCGGGACCCCGGGGUAGUGCUGCUGCUUCAUACAUCGUCUACAUCAUUCCCAUCACCUGUGUAUUGACUGUGUUCUUAUUGACGGUGUUAAGCUUUAUCUUUUGUAACAAACAUUGUCAAUUAUGCAAUAUUUUACACAAAAAGCGUCAUAUAGACAGCGACUAUGAGCUUCCAGCUAGAGUGUAUGAAAACAACGGAUCUACAAAUUGCUAUGACACCCCUGACACCAACACAAAUAUUUCCCCAACUCAAGGCGCCAGUGAGUCGUCGUAUGAAUUUGUUGAACAAUUUCGAAAAGAUUUAUGAUGUAAACCCCAAUCUAAUUUUAAUAUUCAAUAAUGUGCUAGAAAAAAAUGAGUAAGAAAUAAAAACUAUUUUUGUUUAAUUUUUUUAAACAUUGCAAAGUAUGUUCUCUAGAAAAAAGAAACAAUAUUUCAACGGCAUGUAUUUUUUGUACUGACAAGAGGAAUUACAAAUUUUAUUAUAUUACCGUACAUUUGGCCAGUAAAAAGCUGGCCCAUUUGAAGAAAAAUUGAAAUUGCAAAUCCAGUGUGUAAAUCGGUUUUGAGUAUUAAUACUAUUUUUUAACUUUAUAAAAUUCUUAUUUGGUGUCUCUGUGAUUUUCUCACUUAAAGGGUUAACCAUUACACAGGACUUCAAAACUCAUAUUUUUUACUUGAAUAUAAUAAAAUAGUUUAAAUCUGUCCAAAGUGUUUGAUGAAACGACAUAUACUUAAACAUACUGGCACUGUACCAGGAA